UGAAAAAACGGCUGUUAUUUAUUUACGUUCCUAAUAAUAUAAAACGCAAUCGCUACUUUAUGCAGCAAUCUGUUUACUUCAUGAAAUAUUAAUCUUCUAUUAAAGAAAAACCUUUCCAUUCGACGCUGCAUUUGGUGGACGUCGAACCAUUCGACUCAAUACACUUGUGGACAUCCAGUAGCAAUGUACUGUGCUCUAUUGAUCCAGGUGAUGACAUAUGUAGUCAUCGUAAGCUGUGAACUAGCUCCCGUGAUAACCGUCGACGAGUCUAGCUUGCAAGCACUUCAGCAAGGCAUCGACCGUAUAUGCAAAGGAUCGGAGCUGCAACACAGAUUCCUUAUCAACAAUGAAGAUCCUUCGAGAGGAUCACUUUUCAUUUCCCGUUUCUCUUUCGACCGUCCAGUUACCCUGCGAGGUAUUAAUUUUAGAGGUAGAAUUCAUCCUGAAACGUGUUUCGUUGUAUUCAUGACGGUAAGCGAGUUAUCCGAGGUAAGUCUAGCAGUGUGUUCUACUACGGAUCGCAACUAAUGAUCACCAAUGAUCGCUUUGGUUCAGGUGGUUCGGAAGCACAUGGAGACCUUUGCCGUUUUUAUUGCAGUACUGCCCAAAGAUGCAAUCGAAAGCGUGCGGGAUUUUGCCAACGAGCUGUACAAAUGUGUGACGUACUACUUUUACUAUGAUCCCGUAACGCUUACCGGUGCGUGGGUCGUGGAGAAACACGGACAAAGCUUACAAGCGCUGGAACAAGUAGGGCCAGAUGAAGACUCCGGAUGGAAUUUGCGUGGGCAAACGAUUACCUUUCUUAACCUGGACCAAUUUCGCGAAUCAACACAGGACAUCGACAUGGGACAAACGAUAGCUAAGCGUCACAAUGGAAGCUUUGUAGUGGCCCAGAGUCUGAUGCAAUGUCAAGACUAUAUGUACAGUCCGAUGUAUGCGGUGAGCAUCGGUAGUUUCGUCACGUUGCCGGAGAUGUUUCAGCUAUGCUUCGUAGUACCGAAAAGCCCACUGAAAUCCAUUUUCGCAAUCCUGAGCGAUCCGUUCGACCUGUACUGUUGGGGUGCGUUUCUGUUGACGAUCUGCAUGGUUGCGGUUUUGUUAUCGUUGUUCGGCGAAUCCUACCGGCGAUAUAACGUGGGCCUGGUGUUCCUGGAGCUGGUUAUGCACGCACUGAACGGGCCAUCACAUCGAUUCUAUGGAAGGUUUGAGGUGCGGCUCGUAGGACUGUUCAUGGUGAUGAACAUUGUGCUGCUGUCUUGUUACCAAUCGUUGAUCAUCUCUCUUAUGUCAUCCGAUCGCUAUGAACCGGAGCUUGAAACGAUUGAACAAAUUAACGAUACGUGUUGGUUUCAGCGUGACGUGUUUGUUCAAAGUUUAGGUUAUCGGUUCAAGAAUACGCUCUACACUUACGAAUCGUACGGAUCGUACGAGACAAUUUGGUCGAACAAGAUAUGCCAGAUGGUCAUGUGCAGUGAUCUCAGUACGGGCCACAUGCUCAUCGAAACGCAGAGUAACUCAUUCGACGAUACGGACGGGUCGGCGUUAAAUCAGUACUUUCGCUACUCCAAGGCACGUCUGCGCUCUGCUCCAGUUAUGCACCUUAUCAUGCACUAUUCGGCUAUGCGUCCACUGAUCAUACGGUACGCGGCAGCCUAUAACGAGGGCCAUUUGCAUCACAUGCCUCUUUUGAAAGCACGUAAGAAUAACUUCGCUGCUCAAAACACACAGUCAGCCAUCGCGAGUGUUGCCAUGCGGGCGAAAGACUUGAUGGUGGUUUGGUUCAUCUUUCUGAUAGGCUGUGCAAUAAGCUUUUUAGUAUUCGUUAUUGAGCUAGCCGUGAUCUACGUUCCCAAAUUUUGUCGAACCGUGGCAUAUAAGUUUGGUAAAUGUUUUGCAAAGAUUAAAACAUUGUUGAAGUAG